AAAAGUUGCUUCUGUUUUUCUUUCUUGUAAGGCAUCAUUAACCAAAGUGCACUCUAUUUUAUAUUCCCUUCAGGUAUAUAUUUAUAUCCUCAAGCAAUAAAUAUUCCAACGCAAAUUUGAGAAGAUAAUCAAAUUAGUACUUACCAACUAAAGACUUCAAGGCUAUGGAGAUUAAGGUAGAAAAUGAGAUACCCCGGAAUCUUGAUGAAGAGAAAGCUCCCCUGCUUGAAAACUCAGAACUGCCUGAAGUGGAAAAAAACCUGAUACAACAAGCAAUAAGCCAGACAUUUAAAAGCACUGCCCAUCUUGCCAAUCUUCUGCCUACUGGAUCUGUUCUUGCUUUUCAAUUUUUAUCACCCAUAUUCACAAACCAAGGACAGUGUGAUGUGGUUGGUCGAUCCUUGACUGCUUCCCUUGUAGCACUUUGUGGACUGUCAUGUUUCCUAUUGAGCUUCACAGAUAGUUUCAAGGAUCAGAAAGGAAAUGUUUGCUAUGGGUUUGCCACAACACGCGGCUUGUGGAUAAUAGAUGGAUCAGCAACUCUCCCAUUGGAAGUCGCUGCAAAGUACAAGCUGAAAUUUAUAGAUUUCAUGCAUGCCAUCAUGUCAAUAUUGGUUUUUGCAGCUGUUGCGUUGUUUGAUCAGAAUGUGGUAAGUUGUUUCUACCCGACACCUUCAUAUGAAACACAGGAACUGCUUACAGCUCUGCCAGUUGCAAUUGGGGUCAUCUGCAGUAUGUUGUUUGUGGUGUUUCCUACGCAACGUCAUGGUAUUGGCUUCCCCCUCACUUGCUAACUAAUAUGCUUGUUCCCAGAGAUUUGUCGCAUGUGUAUCCUCAUCUUCUUUUACAUUCAGAGUGGGAUACAUUUUUAUUGGUCUUUUCAUUCAUGUAACCAUUUCCAUUGCCUUUUGA